CGCCCGCCGAUCCCCCUGAAGCCGGUGGGGGGAAGGUAGCCGUCCCCGCGAUUUCGGCGCUGAGCAGCGGGAAGGGCCCUGCGGGCGCGAGGCGGUUGGCCCGAGGAUUCAGCUCCACACAGACUUCUUGACGGGUCCAAAUUGGAAGCCAAAAAUGGCCAGCAAAGGAUCUGCGGCUUCAGCUUCCACAGAAAGUUCCAGUGCUGGUGGGACCAGUGGGAACAGCAGCAAUGGGGACAGUACAGGCCAGGACAGCACAUUUGAAUGCAACAUCUGUUUGGACACUGCCAAGGAUGCUGUGAUCAGUCUGUGUGGGCACCUCUUCUGUUGGCCGUGUUUACACCAGUGGCUAGAGACCAGGCCAAACAGACAGGUGUGUCCUGUAUGUAAAGCAGGAAUCAGCCGUGAUAAAGUUAUCCCACUGUAUGGAAGGGGCAGCACUGGACAACAGGACCCCAGGGAGAAAACGCCACCACGGCCUCAAGGGCAGAGGCCCGAGCCAGAAAACAGAGGGGGUUUCCAGGGGUUUGGGUUUGGUGAUGGAGGCUUCCAAAUGUCAUUUGGAAUUGGAGCGUUUCCGUUUGGCAUAUUUGCUACCGCCUUCAAUAUAAAUGAUGGUCGUCCCCCACCAGCUGUUCCAGGGACUCCUCAGUAUGUGGAUGAGCAGUUUCUGUCCCGCCUCUUCCUGUUCGUGGCUCUGGUCAUCAUGUUCUGGCUCCUGAUAGCUUAACUUGGCUCCGUACCUGAUAUUCCACCAUGGUUUGUGGAGCUCCGAACUAGUCACAGACUGCUGCUUGUCUCCUGGUCUGCCUCUUGGUGUCUCAUUCUUCAGCUAAUGAUGGGCUCCUAAAAGCCACCGGUGUCUUCAUCUGAGGAGGAGCCUCACUCACUUUGCCAGAGUUACAGAAUUAAAGUUUUUAAAAAGUUUCUGAAACUCCGCUGUAUCUCCCACAGCAAGGACCUGGCUGGAACUGUGACCCUAGCUUUGAGCUCCAUACCUCAAUGGGGAGUUGAGUUGUUUGAAUCUUGUGCCAAACAGCUGGGAGAGAUGCUGGCUCCAGAAGGAAUCAGGCAUGGUGGCUAGCAAUGGAAACUCUUGCCAUUUAUCCCAGUAGCUUGUUCUCAAGAACAGCGAGAGGAAGGAGAUCAGUGGACUUCAGAACCCAGCUGCACAUCUUGCUCAAAAGCCAACUGACUCCAGGUAAUAUCUCUAUAAAUAAGACAUCUGGCUGAAGAGGGUUCUGUCCCAUUCCUGCUGUUACAUACCCAAGUGAUAAAAGACCAUCCAUCUUUGGUUUUCCAGCUAUCACAAAAGUAAAAGGAUAAAAGACUCUUUAACCUAAAAUGGUAGCAUACAUAAAUUUACUGGAAUCAACUGGGGGGGGGCUCUCUCAUCUCAGGGUUUGGGGGGGCUGUUGGCUAUCAUGCAGCACACUUCCUCACUGAUAAAAGCAGUGUUUUAAAGGGUUUGUAGCAGCCAUCCACUCUUAAUUUAGGUAGACAUAGUUCCAGCUGUGGUUCUUAUUUAUACUGUAUACAUCUCUCCUUCCUGAAAUGUGCAGAGACAUUUUUUUUCAUAUUUGGGAAUAGGCUAACUGGGAGGAGCAUAGGACAGUCUCUUGCAGGGGUAAUUCACUGAGUAUUUUAUGCCUCCCCACCUCACAAUUAUGAUUAUUACAUAGUGGGAAUAAGUCUGUAGAUUUUUGAUAGUACAAGAAAUUCUGCUUAAGCAGUUUGCGUGUGUGAGCUUUUUCAAAUUACCAAAGAAAAUGAUUUUUUGAAGGGUAAUCAUGGGCCCAAUGCAGCAGUAGUUUGAACAGCGCUUUAGUAGCAGAGCAUCCCAAACAAUGGUACUUGGUGGCUUUGGAGAACUCUUUACAGAGGGGGCACAGGAGGAAUAGUGCUUCAAAAUAAGUUGUGGUUGAAUCUUUUGCAUCCAGAGGAUGCAAAACUCUCACUUGGAUGACUGCUGAUUCUCUUGCAAGGGUGCCUCUCAGAGACUUCUACUCUAUUUUAUUUUGCAAUCCUUUUCAUCUUCUCCUGGAUGUUGACAAAGACUUGCUGGCCAAACCCCACUGGCAUUGUGGCAGGGAGGGUUAUUUUUCUGUGGAUUUGAUGUGGGGGGUGAGGCUGGAAAUCUCAGGAGCGUCACGGCCAUUUCCUUUCACAGAAGUGAGAUACCACAUGUGAAUGAUCUUGUACCCCAAAUUCUGUCCUGGCUCUUCCCUGCGUGACUUGGUCAGGAGACAGACCUAGCUUUUAGCAACAAAAACAUACUUGGUAGCAGGAGGGAUCCCUCCCUUGAAGAUCCGAGUGCCACCUACUGUCAACAGAGAACAUUCAGUUGCAUUUUAAUCUAGGAAAGAUAUCUUUUAUUUCUCCCCCUGCCCCCUUUCCUAGAAACUGCAGCAUACCAGAAAAGCUGUAUUGCUGAAAUCAACCUUAUGAAACGGUCAGAUAGCUGGGAUAGUGGGAAAGGAAUUGAGGUGUUGAAUUGUCUUACUUUGGCCCCUGCUCGCUUGGGUGUGCUGGCCAAGGUCCACUGCCUUUUGGGGGGAUCCUUCUGUCUUGCCUGUGUUUUGGGGAACAGUGGUGUGGCAUUGAAAGACUAAAUGUUUUGCUUUGCAAACUUUCUGGUGUAAUUGCUGAAGCUGAUUGUGGCAGAUUCUGUGCUUCCUCUGUUCCAGGGAGCCACUGGCCUGCCGACGUUUCUGUUUGAUAAGCAGACCCAUCCUGGGCUUCCUCUGGUCUUAAAGGGUCGCCCGCCCAUACUCUUUGUAUUCCCUUUUUCCUCCGCACCACCUAUUUAGAUUCCACUUGGCUUGUGGUUAGCGAAGUAUGGUACCACUGUGCAACACUGCUGUUCACUAAUUUUCACUGUUGUGAAAGUCAGAAUAAACACCUUUUUACAUUA